AGGGUACAGAGAAGUUCAGCAACACCAACAUAUUUGCCGCGUUUACACAAACAGCCCAAUUCUGAUAUUUAUUUCACUAAUCGGUAUUUUAACCAAUCAGAUCAGCUCUGAACUAGAUCAGAUGUCAAAAGAUAUGAUGUGAUUGGUCAAAAGACCAAUUAGUGGAAAACAAAUAUCAGAAUUGGGCUGCCUGUGUAAAUGAGUCCAUGAUCUCAGUUGCCUCCUCACGUUCUGGCUCAAAAAGACGCCCGCGCGCCUGCAUCUCCCCACUGCCCUGUCUUGUCCUAAGCUGCUAGAGAUCCACAGGUCUUUGGAUCCCCACCUUCACAAGCCAACCGACAAUGAACUACUCAUCUAGGAUAACUCUGCGUUGGAAACCACACGAAGGAUGAUUGGAUAUAUGACUGUUCUUAACCGUGGACAGCUGCUGGUUUUAAUUCUGUAGCCCAUUGGAUUGCUGCCACCCGUGCGUUUAUGUGGUCCGUUUGGAGACGUUCCUUUGGGUUGCCUGUAUUCGGAUGUAAAUCGGAGGUUUUGUUCCCUGCGCACCUCUCAAAUGACUAAGCGUGGCGCUAAGAGGAGACUGCGUUCUCCAUCUCGCUUCUAUGUUAAAACCUUGGGCUAAAGUUUUCAUGGACGGUGCCCUGGAUUUUCCACUGCUAUCCCUCUGAACAGGGUCUUUGCUUUUCAAGCAGAGAACAAGUAUUUUACCACGCACACAAGAGGUGCCUUCUUUUGGAAUCUAUCUCCAAAAUGAAGUCCGUUUUUAUCCGAGUUGGCGAACUCUACUUUCUGGUCCUUUGGCUUCAGUCAGUGCCUCGGAUGGAAGGUUGGGUGGAGGGCUGCCCAGCGCCAUGCAUAUGCCACAGCGAGCCACGACCCACCUUGGCCUGCCAACAGCAGGGCCUCUACUCCAUCCCCACAGAGAUCCCCAUCCACAGCCAGCGCAUCUUCCUCCAGAACAACAAGCUUACCGUGGUCCGCUCCACCAGCUUCAGCCCCUGCAGAAACCUCACCGUACUCUGGCUCUACUCCAACAACAUCAGCCACAUCGAGGCUGGUGCCUUCUACGGCCUAGAGAGGCUGGAGGAGCUGGACAUAGGGGACAAUGACCUGAGGAUCAUCAGCCCCACUGCUUUCCGAGGCCUGUCUAGACUGCACACCCUGCACCUGCACAGCUGUGGCUUGUCUGUGCUGCCUGUAGGCGUUUUCAGGGGACUAUUUUCCCUGCAGCACCUCUAUCUCCAGGACAACAACUUACAGACUCUCCAUGACGAUACUUUUCUGGACCUGGCCAACCUGACCUACCUGUUCCUCCACAACAACAAGAUAAAGACUGUGACGGAUCACAUGCUGCGAGGCUUGGUGAGCUUGGACCGCUUGCUGCUGCAUCAGAAUCGAGUGACCUUCGUCCAGCGCAAUUCUUUUCAUGACCUACGCAAGCUGACCACUUUGUUUCUGUUCUUCAAUAAUCUAACAGUGCUGACAGGGGAGACCAUGGACCCACUGGUGUCCCUCCAGUACCUGCGUCUGAAUGGGAAUCAGUGGAUCUGUGACUGCCGGGCCAGGACCCUGUGGGACUGGUUUAAGGGAUUUAAAGGGUCUAGCUCAGAGCUUGAGUGCCAUGUUCCGGCCAGACUGUCCGGAAAAGACCUGAAACAGCUAAAGAUCCCUGACCUGGAAGGUUGCUAUGACAGCUCUGACCAUACUUGGAUUAGCGUGUUCAGUUCCAAGACACGAUCUGGAAAACUCACCACGGAGAGUCCACUUAGGGCUGGUAUUCCCAGGUGCUGCCUCUCAGAUAAAGACAAGUCAUCCAUCAUCUCCAGCAAGGGUCUCCCAGAUCCCUCCUCCUACAACAGCAGACAAAUCACCAACAAUCCUCUGAAGGAGAAAGAGAACAUCUCCAAAACUAAGCUGUUGGAAGCUGACCCCAACAAACCCCAGAACAAACAGAGUUUGAACGAUGGGCCAGUGGGAACAUUAUCUAACAACCUGGACCAGUCCUCAGAGCAUCUAAGCCCCUCCAAUGACCCUGAAAAGAAGAAAAGGUGUGCAAAGGAGAACAUGUCAGACCCUCUGUGUCUCAAGUCCCACGGAUCUACAAUUGGAGCAUGGAGGCUUGUCUUUCUGCCUGUGUUUUGGCUAUCCUUAGACUUCUGUUAGAAGUUACAAUAACAGAGGGAAAAUAUGGGCCAGUGUAAGGCCAGUGCAGGAGGCCCUGCUAAGUGCCAAGGGUGGGAAAGGGGAACAGAACUUUCAUUCAAGUAACUUCCAAAAUAAUGGAAACACUUGACUAAAUGAGGGAUACAAAGUAUUCUGAAAGCAGGGGCUUUCACGCAGGUGUGGUUCCUGAUUUAAUUAGGCACUUAACAUCCCGUCAUGCUCAAAGGCUCUGCAUGAUCAAUCUGCCAUCUGCAGUGGCCGUACAGCAUUUAGUGUGAUAUGGCCUCACCAGAAGUCAGGGCAUUGAUAUUUUUUGCACUUUGCGGUGCAGAGCAGAGCUGUUGUGAAGGAAAUUGUCAAGGAAGUAAGUUUGUAUUUAUAUAGGACCUCUCACCCCCAGCUACUGUCAACCAAUCAUCUUAAUGCAGAGCUAUACGGAGAAUUACAGAGCGCACAGCGAUGCUGUACAGAGCUCAAUUUGAUCUUCGCAAGCCUUCCUCAUUUAUGGAGCAAGCAUAAAUUGGCCUUUAGAGUCAUCUUUAAAAUGACUGGGCAGGCCUUUAUUUUGGCAAAUAAUUUGGCUACCAUGGCUAUGCCCCCAUAGGAUGGCAAUGCCCCCAUCCAUAGGACAUGAGUGGUCAAUGAAUGGUUUGUUGAACAUGAAAAUUAUGUAAACCAUAUGCCAUGGCAGUCUCAGUCACCAGAUCUCAACCCAUUUGAACACUUAUGGUAGAUUCAACAUAACACCAAAUUAUGGAAUUUCUCAUGGAAUGGUUGCAUCCCUCCAAUAGAGUUCCAGACACUAUAAUAUAUUCCAAGGUGCAAUGAAGCUGUUCUGGAUUGUGGUGCCCCAACACCCUAUUAAGACACGUUAUGUCCGUGUUUCCUUUAUUUUGUCAGUUACAUGUAGAUCUGAUGAUAUGAAUUUGAAAAAAGAAUUGGAAGAGCUAAAAAAAAGACAAAUCAACAAAUGGAUGCCUUUCUACAGUAUGUCCAUUCCAAAUGUAUAUAUGUAAUGGAUUUGUUCCCAGGUGAUACUGUAUGUUCUGCCCAGAUAUAAAGCACUUACUCUGGGAGGCCCUAUCCUCUCUAGGUUUA